UCCUGUUGUCGCCCUCGCGGACAACGUAGCACUCCAGCCCGCUUUCCAAUCCAAACACUCUUCCUGACCUCCCAUCCCUGCUCCCCUGUCUCCUUCUAUUAUUCUUAGAGACGAUCUCUUUGGUUGUGGAGUCCAACUCUUGCACUUCCUUUGUUUUGGCACCUGUUUGAUACCACAGAGACAGCUGCAUCGCUGCUUUGUCAUCUUCGUUGAGCCCGAAUCUCUCACGCCGCUGAACCCCGGCUGAACUCAAUUACCUCCUCUCCUCGCGCCAUCCCUCCAGACCGCUCUUCAGACUACCCGCUCAAGCGUACAGCAAUGGCAGGCAAACGGAAGCGCUCGCGCAAGACCCCGCGGCUCUCGGGCGCGGCAGGCGACGAUGACGAGGACGACGAUCUGGCUGUCGCUCGCCGCGCUUCGCGGCAGCGCGUCAACUAUGCCGAAUCCGACGACGACGAGUUCGAGAUGGCGUUAGCUGAUGACGACGAUGAUGAGGAUGAGGAUGAUGAUGGUAGCGGACAUGGGUACCGCGGAAACGGCAACGAUGAGGAUGAGGAGCCGGAAGCGGAGGAGACCCCGGACGAGGACGAGAAAGGAAGUGGCGAUGAGCGUGGUCGGACUGGGAAGAGUCUACAUGUUCGUCUUCGGUUAAGGAAAAGUGUUCUCGGCAAUGGAUCCGGUGGUACCGGUAGCAAUGGAUCCGCUGCUGCACAAGACGUUGGGACCGCUAGCCCCGAGGACAAGACCGAAGGAAGGAGAUCAACCAGACGGUCGUCGGCGAGCGGUCGCCAGAAUUCGGUCGAGAAGCAGGAGCAACCUUCGAGUGCAGGCAAAGGAGAGCGAAGAUUAUCCGGCACCUCGAUCCGGCAGCAACUAUUACAAGAGGCUGCAAAACCCACGCAGCGGGACCGAUCCAAGAAAUCCACACGGUCCUCAUCCCAUCAACCUGAUGACGACGAAUUCGAGAUCGAAUCAGAAAGCGAGAGUGCUGAAGACGACGACGAUGAGCCUUCGUUCUCUUCCGGAACAGAUAACGGCAUCGUUGAUGACUCUGACUUUUCAAUUGCCGCGCCCAGACGACGCAGCACGCGCGUAACGCGUACUCGCUCGGCAGCUACAAGGAGCCGAAAGCGCGGUGAUACUGAUGACGAUGACGACGACCAUUUGUCGUUGCAGCGGGAGCUUUCAGAACUUAGCCCGCCGCCGCAGAAUCGUCGGAAAAACCUACGCGCUCGACGCGAAGUCAAUUACCAGAUUAUACCGCCGCCUAUCCCUGAAGGAUACGACGAGAUGUUUGCUCCCACCGAGUCUCGGAAACGUACAAACACGGGCGGACGACGGUUAUAUUCAACUUACGGCCCCUUUGGUGGUGCGGGGGUUACAUCUCUGUUUGGCGUCAAAGGACCGGGUGGUCUACAAGCCGCCGGCGGUGCUGCCGACUCCGACUCGUCCGACGACGAGGCUGCCAAAAACCCAACUAAUAAGCUUCCGAAUCUCGCUGAUCUCGAGCAAGUCACAAAUCCGUCGUCUGCACUGGGUCUCGUGAAGAAGAACAACCUGUCGGAUACGGAUCCCUUGGGAGUCGAUAUGAACAUUGACUUUAGCGCCGUCGGUGGCUUGGAUGAGCAUAUCCGGCAACUUAAGGAGAUGGUCGCUUUGCCGUUGCUCUACCCUGAGGUUUUCCAGCGUUUCAAAGUAACUCCGCCACGAGGCGUGCUCUUCCACGGUCCUCCGGGUACUGGUAAGACGCUGCUGGCACGAGCGCUGGCAGCAAGCUGCUCGACUGACGGGCGGAAGAUCUCGUUCUACAUGAGGAAGGGUGCGGAUGCGUUGUCAAAGUGGGUGGGUGAAGCUGAACGUCAAUUGCGACUGUUGUUUGAGGAAGCAAAGAAUACGCAGCCCAGUAUUAUCUUCUUUGAUGAGAUUGAUGGUCUCGCUCCGGUUCGAUCGUCGAAGCAGGAACAGAUUCAUGCGUCUAUUGUUUCAACGCUACUGGCUCUCAUGGACGGAAUGGACAACCGCGGCCAAGUCAUCGUCAUCGGCGCAACCAACAGACCAGACUCGAUCGACCCUGCGCUCCGUCGCCCAGGCCGUUUCGACAGAGAAUUCUACUUCCCACUUCCAAACGUCGACGGACGAAAGAAAAUCAUAGAGAUUCAGACAAAAGGGUGGAAUCCGCCUCUGCAGCCUGAGUUUGUUGAUGAGAUUGCGACGUUGACGAAGGGAUAUGGUGGUGCGGAUAUUCGAGCGCUGUGCACUGAGUCGGCGUUGAAUGCUAUCCAGCGUCGGUAUCCUCAGAUUUACACUAGCUCUGAUAAGCUAGUCAUCGAUCCGAGCUCGAUUACGGUGUCUCCUAGAGACUUUAUCAUAUCUCUGAAAAAAAUCAUACCUUCCUCGCAACGAUCCACGGCGUCAAAUGCCGCACCGAUUCCUAAGCGCGUCGAACCACUGCUCAGCAGCACAUUUGACGAGAUCAAGCAGGCAUUAGACCACGUCAUUCCUCGACAGAAAAAGCUCUCGGUUAUGGAGGAAGCUAUGUACGAGGAAGAUGUGACUGAUAACGGUUUCGCGCGGGAGAAUAUGAUGCAAGAGUUUGAGUCUUCGAGGGUAUUUAGACCUAGGAUCCUGAUUGCUGGUGCUCCUGGGAUGGGCCAAGAGUAUCUUGGCGCGGCCGUAAUGCAGUACCUAGAAGGUUACCAUGUGCAGACAUUUGAUCUGGCAACGUUGUUAGGUGAUCCAACCAGGACUGUCGAAGCAGCGAUUGUGCAGCUCUUUGUCGAGGUCAAACGGCAUACCCCGAGCGUAAUCUUCAUCCCCAACAUCGACUCGUGGUACAAGACUUUAACGCCGUCAGCAUGGACUACAUUCCAAGGUUUGUUGAGAGGCAUUUCGCCUGUCGAGCAGAUUUUGCUUUUGGCGGUCGUGGAAAGCGGGUUUGAGUAUUUGGACCACGAGGUUAAGGCUCUGUUUGGCUUUUCCAGAGCUAACAGGAUCGAGAUCCAGAAGGCGUCAUAUUCUGAACGAUACGAUUUCUUCAAAGGCGUGGCGCUACACAUCUCCAACUCUCCCAAAGCUUAUCCCGACCUUGAAAACCGCAAGCGGCGGAAACUCGAAGAACUGCCGAAAGCGCCACCUGAUCCGCCAAAAGUGCUGUCAAAGGCUGAGUUGAAGGCACAGGAGGAUAAGGAUAAGCGGCUUAAGAAUUAUCUCAAGAUCAAACUCAGUGGUUUGAUGGAUUUGCUUAAAGUGCGGUAUAAACGAUUUAGAAAGCCUCCUAUUGACGACGAGUAUCUGGCCUACCUAUUCGACGGCACGGAAAUCGACCCGAACGCGCUAUACGAGUACUCCGUCACCGACGACGAGAUGAUCCUGCAGCGAAGUACCGGGAAGAAGUACCACAACAUGGAUCUCGACGUUAUCGAGGACCGGCUGUGGAACGGGUACUACUGUACGCCGAAGCAGUUUUUGCGGGAUAUCUCGUUUAUCCUCGAGGAUUCAAACACGAGCGGAGAUCGCGAGAAGAUUUUGAAGGCGUCAGAGAUGUAUGCGAACGUUUUGGUUUCGGUGGAUGAGAUUGGCGACGCGCAAUUCCUGAUAGACUGUGAGCGGGUGCUUGAGCGCGAAACCCAACGGGCGGAGAUGUACAAGGAGAAGCAGAAGCGGCGGCAGGAAAAGAUGCAGGCGAUUCAGGCGCAGCAUAAGCUAGAGCUGGAGGAGAAAGAAAGAGCCGAGGCCGAGAGACGGGAGAAGGAGGAAAAGGUAAAGUCUGUGAUGUUGUCGAAGCCGCGGACGAUUGAGAAUAUGUUUUCGGAUGAGGAUGAGGUGGAGGAGGGGGAUGCGGUGCAGUCCGCUGCUGUUGAGAAUGGUGACGCAGGUGUGGAUCAGCAGCCUGUUGGCGAUGGUGCUGAGGGCGAUGGUGGUAUCCAGGAUCCUGACGAGAUGCAGAUCGAUCCGCCAGCUAGUACUACUGUCGAGUCUGCGUCAGUGGAACCCGAGAUUCACGCGACUGCGGCGCCAGAGUCGUCUGCUACCGUUGACGACGCUACGGAGUCGCCAUCACUACCUGCGGUAGCUACGGCCGACACAUCUGCGCAGUCAGACACCUCAGCCAGUCAACCCAACGGCGCGCUCGUCGUCGCCGCCGCCUCUCCCUCUCCCGAGCCAGAAGAAGCCCCGCACGCGCCGUACGAGCUCGACAAGGCCGCGCUCGAAUCCUUCCACCAAAAGCUCGCGCACGAGACCGACAAGUUCACGAUCGAGCAGCUCGAGCAGCUCAACUCUGCAAUCAUGGACGUCGCGUACCGGCGGCGGCAGUGCUGGGAUCGGAAUCUGGUGCUGCGGGAGGCGGCGCAGGUCGCGGAGGAUGUCAGUCGGGAUAUCGCAACGGCGGUCAAUCGGGACUGAUCUUGUAUAGUUGUAUAGUAAAAUAAAAACGAUGGAUAGCGAGAGUAUUGCC